GGCUUAAACAAAAGGAAUGCAACGUAGAAAAAGGCAGCUUAACGAAUUCCGGUAGUCCCGCAACUGUGUCAAGCUUUGAGUAUAGCACAACUCCAACCAACAACAAACUCCCCGCCUUCCUGGUCCUGGGAGGAAGUAUCGUGGGCAAAUCCCAGAUGCAGCGUCGAAUAAAGACCUCUAAAAAUAAGAAGAAGGAGGCGGUUGUUAAUCGAUCGGGACACACACGGAACCCACCACACCCACGCGACGAUUCGGUGGAGCAAAAAACGCGAGCAUCUUCCUUCCCGUCCGUCUGGGAAAGUUUGACAGAAACCCAAGAGUUUGCUUGGCGAUUGACGAUUCUUGAAACGGGACCCGAUUCGGCAGCCCAUCGUCUCACAAGCAUUGAUCAACAGCCGCAGCCGCGCGCUUUCCCCUGACGAGCGUCUAAGCAGGAGGCGCACUCUCACAGCCUGACGUUACUACUCAAACAGUCAGCAGGCCAGGCUUGUAUAAUCACAAAAUCAAGAUGCCAGCUCUUGGAGAAGUGCUCAAAAAGUUCAACCCCUGGCACAAGGAGGAAGAGCCCCUACCACCACCCUUCACAGCUUCGACAGCCUACCUGCUGUUGGCCCUCUACGCCCUCAUCUACUUCAUCCCCUUCUACCUCUCCCCCACCACCCGGCCAUCGCCCACCCUCUCCCGCGAUGCCCCCUCGGUGAUCCGAGCCCGGAUCCGUUCCGUCUCCCUGUCCUGUGCCAUCUGCACACUCACCACCUCCCUAAUCCUCUCCCGCUAUGCCUCCCUCUCAGCAUCAGCAAUCUUCCAUCUCCUAGGAGUCUACCCACUAGCCCUGAUCCCAGCAGUCAAAAUCCUCUUUUUGACCGGCCUCCUCUUCCUGGGCCCCUUGUACAGCUACUUCAUAGUCGAAAAAGGCUACAAACAAUGGUCCACCCUCCUCCCACUGCGAGAAACCCUAACAGAAUGGACCGACUACCGUAAUUACAUCGCUGGCCCAAUAACAGAAGAAAUCCUCUUCCGCUCCUCCUCCCUCCCCCUCCUCCUCCUCUCCCAGGCCCCCCUAUCCAGCACCCUCUUCCUCUCCCCCCUCAUCUUCGGCCUCUCCCACAUUCACCACUUUUACGAAUUCCGCCUCACCCACCCCGCCGUCCCCGUCUCUGCUUCCCUUUUGCGGUCCGUAUUCCAAUUAGGGUACACCACCCUCUUCGGCUCCUACGCCAACUUCCUCUACCUCCGCACCGGCAGCCUCCUCGGCGUCUGCGCCGUCCACGCCUUCUGCAACUGCAUGGGCCUCCCCCAGGUCUGGGGACGUGUCACAGACGAGAACGGGGACAAGAAGAUCAACCGGCUCUGGACGGUGGGGUACUAUGUCUUGUUGGUGGCGGGGGCGUGGUCGUGGUACAGGAAUCUGUGGGGGAUGAGCGAGAGUGUUGAGACGGGGUUGGUUGGGGCUGAUCAGUGGUGAUAUGUUUUAAAAAAGAGA